AUGUCAUCCAAUGAAUUUUUCUUUGAAAAGAUUUGUUGCACAUCGACAUAUCUUCGGUCCCGAAAGCUCAUCUCACAUCUCGCGAGGCGGGCCGUCAGAUGCGAGAUGAUUGGUCGCUUAUCACGACGGCGUCGUUGGAUCUUUCUACAUUCGAUAUUAAAAACUAGCACGAAAGAGCUGAACACAGAUAAUGCCUCAAAGAGUAUAUUCGGUCCCGAGGAUUGCGAGGAUGCGAGUGGGAUGUUUUUGGUCGAUGAUGAUUACAUAUUGCAAUUUACAAUGCAGAAUGAUCCGAAACGGUAUGCUUGUGCCACAUUCCGGGAACUCGGUACUUAA